GGGCGCCGGGCUGCGGGACUGGCUACUCUCUUGCCGCGGAGAGGGUGAGCGGGAGCCGCUCGACGGGUCCACGGAGAACCGCUCGCAGAGGCGGCGAAAGGCGUCCAGGCCUAAGCUGGGCUUCUGCCGCUGGAACCGCCAUCUGGAGCUUGGGCUCCGAUCACUUUUCGGAGGAACCAUUGACCUCGCCCGGCGGGAAGAAGAGGGGCGUCCGCCUCCAGGAGCAGGAAAGAGGGAGGAGCCAGAGCCCCGCAGAAAGUUCGCCUCCUCUGGGGGACCGAGGGGAAGAAGUGGGAGGAGGAGCCUGUUUAAGGCUAACUCAGAGCUGCGAAAUCUUAGGGCGGCGUUCAAGGCCCCCUCCCACACGGGCGCGCAGCAGAGUGCUCUGCUCCUCUUUCAGCCGCUGGCUUCGCCUCGCAGGGAAAAAGAGCAUACCCUCGGCGCCGGGGGAGUGGCAGAGCUGAGGUCGAGGCCGAGCCGGGCAGGCACCCUCCACCCGAGCGAUCGCCUUUGGAGCGGGCGGAGUAGGUGGUAUAGACAGUCGGGAGGAUAGGUUCGCCCACCCCGGACACGCACAUACGCACGCACCCGCAGUCACUUCCAAGGGACCCUCCAGGAGUCUCUAAGGACCAGGAGUCACCCCUUCUGCCCUCGCCCCCCAACCCCGGAGCCCCAAGCGGGGACCCCGGGAUCGGACGUCCCCACGCUUCCGGGCACCUGGCUCAGCAGGAGUCCCCCGGGUCCGGGCAGGGCAGGGCCGGCGGCGGCGAGCCGGAGCCCGCCCAGCGCCCGGGCCCCGCCGAGGCCUCGGAACCCACUCAUGGGGCACCGGCUCCCCGUGUCCCCUCGCCCGGCCGCGCCCAGCCCGGCGCCCCGAGACACGCAGAGGAGGAUCCCGGCGCAGUGACCCGGGAGCCGCCGCAGCCCCUGGAAGCCUCGGCUGACGGAGAGGAAGGCUGCUCCCCGCACCUCCAGGCCCUUCCAGGCAUCCCUCUGAGCCGCGCCAGAGGCCCGGCCCGCCAUUCCCAGCCCCGAGCCAUGAUGAAGACCUUGUCCAGCGGGAACUGCGCACUCAGUGUGCCUGCCAAGAACUCAUACCGCAUGGUGGUGCUGGGCGCCUCUCGGGUGGGCAAGAGCUCCAUUGUCUCCCGCUUCCUCAACGGCCGCUUUGAGGACCAGUACACGCCCACCAUCGAGGACUUCCACCGGAAGGUUUACAACAUCCGCGGUGACAUGUACCAGCUGGACAUCCUGGACACGUCUGGCAACCACCCCUUCCCCGCCAUGCGCAGGCUGUCCAUCCUCACAGGCGAUGUGUUCAUCCUGGUGUUCAGCCUGGAUAACCGGGAGUCCUUUGACGAGGUCAAGCGCCUCCAGAAGCAGAUCCUGGAGGUCAAGUCCUGCCUGAAGAACAAGACCAAGGAGGCGGCAGAGCUGCCCAUGGUCAUCUGUGGUAACAAGAACGACCAUGGCGAGCUGUGCCGCCAAGUCCCCACCACCGAGGCCGAGCUGCUGGUGUCCGGUGAUGGGAACUGCGCCUACUUUGAGGUGUCGGCCAAGAAGAACACCAACGUGGACGAGAUGUUCUACGUGCUCUUCAGCAUGGCCAAGCUGCCGCACGAGAUGAGCCCCGCGCUGCACCGCAAGAUCUCCGUGCAGUACGGGGACGCCUUCCACCCCCGGCCCUUCUGCAUGCGCCGUGUCAAGGACAUGGACGCCUACGGCAUGGUCUCCCCCUUCGCCCGCCGCCCCAGCGUCAACAGUGACCUCAAAUACAUCAAGGCCAAGGUCCUCCGGGAGAGCCAGGCCCGCGAGCGGGAUAAAUGCACCAUCCAGUGAGCGGGAGGGAUGCUGAGCUGGGGCUUUGGCCAGGCCUUUUGGGAGGUGGCCCUGGCACCCGCUGCCCACAUCCCCCGGACGAAACCCCAAGAGCAGUCACAUUCCGAGACCUUUGGGGGGCCAGACCGGAGGACCCCAGCCUCCAACCUCUGUAUAGUCUCCUGCCUUCAACCGCUUCCCUCUGAUUCCUCCUUUCCGCCGCUCCCCUUGGGUUUCAACUUCUCCGUGGCGGGGGUGGAUCUCUGCUGGGCAGGAGGAAAGGCUGGGUGACAUACGGACUUAUGUCAGGACCCGAGUCAGAGCUUGCCUGUCCUUGCAAGAAACGCUGAUGCCAGACGGGCCAGGGUACCGGCUUCCAACGGAGACUCCUGGAACAUCAGAGGAUGAAAACAACACCCCAAGUCAGCUGGGAGGGGGCUCUGCCCUCCUGGUGUAAGACGCAGCUUGGUUUAGGUGGCAGCUGGAAGUUUCUUCCCCUACCCCGUCCUGAAACACUAACCCUCUGGCUCAGCAGUUUCUAUCCCCUGCCCCCUGAGUUGGCCCCCAGCUCUCCCUGACUUUGAGCCAGGGGCGUCUCUGUGUUCGAAGUGGGUGUGGCCACGUCUCCUGGACCACGCCCAUCUCCUGGACUGCCUCCCUCAGCCUCCCCUCCCAGGUUCCCCUCGUCGGCUGGUUGUGCUUUGUUGUUGCAGCUGUUACGUCCUGUUCCCAGUAGAAACGGAAAUCAUUGUACUGUAAAAGCCUAGUGAUCCCUCGUUGGCCAGGACCUCCCCCCAAGUUCAGAUCCACCGCCUCCACGGGGGACACCUUCCUCCUCGGCUCCCAGAUGGGGUUCCCGUGGCCUGUCCACAGCUGGACACUGCCCUCCUCCCGAGCUUCGCGGUUUACGCUUACACAGACGGGGCAGGCAGGCCGGGGCUGCGUCUCCUCCUGCCCCCAUUUCACAGAGGAGGCAGCUGAGACUCAGAGGGCCAAGGAGCCGGCCCCAGCUCCGCCUGAAAGCUGGCUGGCCUCUGCUGUGCUUGUUCCUCAAGCAUUUAUUGAGCACCUGCUGGGUGCUGGGUCCAGUGUGCUAGAAAGCAAAGAGGGUGAGAGAUGCGCGUGACGCCCCUAAGGCCGAGGCUCCGUGGCGCCAGCCUCUUUCCCUCCCCCAGCCUGGCCUGACUGCCCCUGCUGCCCUACUGCCUCUGUGCACGCAGCUGUGAGGGGAUGUGGAAGAGAACCUGGGAGCUAUAGCUGAACCCAGGAGAGGCAGAUGAGAAGAGCUCCCAGGGGGCCUUUUCCUGGCACCUCGGAUGGGGUUGUGCUGGGUACCAGGCGUGGUGGAAUUUGAACCUGUGGACCAAAGGCUCUCAUCAUCAGCUCUUAACAAAGACGUUUAGUAUUUUAAAUCUCUUUGAAACUAUUGAAGUUUAGAGCCACAAGGAGCCUUAAUGAUUGUCUAGUGAAUCCGAGGCCCAGAGAGGGUAAGUAACUUGCCUGGGGUUACACAGCAAGCCUAUGAGUGGCAGAGGCAGGGUUAGGUCGGGGCAUUCAGCACACACUAUUAUGUGCCCCUUCUGAUCCUGCCUCAGCCCCUGGGGCCUUUGGGGAUUUGAGGUGUCGUCUCCCUGAGCCUUUCCCCAGAUUGGCCUUUGAGGGCUUCUGCAGAUCAUGUGUACAUUGUACCCACGUAUAUACCUGUACACACACGUGAACACACAGAGAGAUACAUGCCCUGGCUUCAGCUCUGCACACCCCACACCUCCUACCCGGCCCUGCCGCUCAAGGCAGCUGCUCUGACCCUGCUUCUGUACCCCCACCUGGCCCCAGCCUGAACCCUCUAAGCAGACCAGGUGUCCUGGCCAGGACAGAUGUGUGGCCUGCUUCCCCGUAUUUCUGUGUACACUCUUGAUUAAAGUGGGUUUAUUUCUAAGCCGUGCCCUUGACCAUGUGUGUUUUCUGUAUUUCCAAGAGGAGGCGUGGCUCUUCUGCGACCAUAGCUGGCCUUUCUGUCCCCAGAUUGCACCUGCCUGGUGCCUUCGCCCUGCAGGUCAGCGCUGAGUCAGCUGUCGAGGUUAAUUAAGUACGUGGUGGGAGUGGGGAAUAAAACCCCAAGGUAGGAGGGAAUAACAACCCUGGCCCUUCUGGGCCCUCCGAGGCCUGUGUGCUGAGGUGUCUGUGUACCUCUGAGGAGUGACCAGGUCAGACAAGAGAAGCCUCCUCCCCAUGGACCAUCAGCUCUUUGUGAUCACCAUGCGUCUGACUUCUAGGUGGCACCCAGAACCACGUGGAGAGCAUUUAGCAAUAACGGGAAACAGUUGUGAUUACCAGAACUGCAGAGAGGGGCGGCAUGCUAUUAGCUCCUGAUGGGGGAUGUUGCUGAACACCCUCCAGGGGCCAAGGGCAGCCCCCACCAUAAAGAGUUACCCUGUCCUGAAGGUCAGCAGUGGGCAGCCUCCCCGCUUGGACUGUCAACACUUGAGACCAGGACACGGCCCAUAUCUACGUGUGGUUGAUACAACCUACAACUUUCUGAACAGUACUGAAUAAACAUUGGACAAGCA